AUGGCAAUUUCUGACGUAUUAAAUUUUACAGAAACCCCAAUUAUAGAUGAAGGAAUUGAAAGAUAUGAAUUCCAUGAGCCAGUAGCUCAUACAAAUCUAAAUAGGGAAGGAGAAAUAAGAAUCAACAUUGAACAGCAAGAUCUGUUUACACUUCCAUCUGAAGCUUUUUUCUUGUUUGAAGGAAGACUUCUUAAAGCUGAUGGAACUGCUUAUGCUAAUGCAGAUGCAGUUUCACUUACAAACAGUGGUAUUAUGCAUUUAUUUAGUCAAAUAACAUACCAAUUAUCAAACCAAGAAGUAGAAUCAGAUUAUCAUCUAGGUCAAGCAACUACAAUGUUAGGAAUGCUUAAAUACCCAAAUGACUUUCAAUUACCACAAGGAUUAAAUCAAUUGUGCAUACCUCUAAAGCACAUUUUUGGAUUCUGUGAAGAUUACAACAAAGUUAUUUAUGAAUUUAAACAUACACUAACUCUUGUUAGAAAAAGUGACGAUGAUGCAAUUUUUAGAGUUGCUGCUGUAGCUGCUGGACAAGUUAAUCUUGAUAAAAUAUCAUUGUUUAUACCACAUGUUAUUCCAUCAGAUGUAGAAAGAAAUAAUCUUUAUAAAGCUAUUGAACCAAAAGUGACACUUCCAAGACUGAGUGUAAAAACAUCUACUGAAAAACCAAGAUAUACUAUUGUUGGAUUCCAAACAAAUAAAGAUGAAAAUCAAGAACUCAAUCCUUCAAUAUUUGAUCAUUGUGACUUGAAAAAUAUGUAUAUCAUGCUUAAUCAAGAAAGAUAUGCUGCUGUUGAUGUUAAUUUAUCGUUCUCAAAUCAACAAUUUUCAAGAGCUUAUAGAGAUGCAUCUACGUUUAGUGAAAAAUUUUAUGGAAUGAAUGAACUGAUCACACAAAGCAAAAUAACUCCUGCUGACUAUAAAGAUUUAUACCCACUUAUGGUUUUUGAUGUGAGUAAGCAAUCAGAAAGAUUAAAAUCAUCAGUAGUAGAUGUUCAAAUUAAAGCAACAUUUAAUGCAGCUGUUCUAGCAGGUACUGAAGCAUUGGCUGUUGUAAUAUCUGAUAGAAUGAUGCAAUUUCAAUCAGACGGAAAUAAAAUGAACAUUGUAUAUUAA